ACGUAUGUAAAACACGUAUAGUAGGUAUAGCACUCGUAAUAAAAAGGGUCAUCCAGGAUUUUUUCGUUAUUAUGUAGUUCAAAAUAGAACUGUGCUUAACGAUAUUUUAAAUGAUUUCGAAUGACUUGGCUUUGGGAAAAAGUAAGGAAAUCUUUCCUCAAUAGGACGUUGACCUUUGCCGUAGUGCCUUGCGUUAGUAGAUCUCCCAUAAGAGAUCAUUUGCAUUCAAAAAACAUAGAAUCUUGUGAAGAAACAGAAGAUCAUUGGGGGGAUCGCCUUAGUCCAUGCCCUUUUUGCGGUCACGAAGAUAGCCCGAUUUUAGCCAGAAGUCAACGAUCAUGCAGUGAUCCUACAGUAUCGGGAUAUUCUAGAUUACCUCCAAUUAGUAAUUCUAACCAGUUUCUAACGUAUAGAACAACUAUACCCCCUAUUAAUAAUCAAAAUCCAACUGAUCAGAAUUGUAGAAAAAUUCAAAAAAAUCUUCAAAUAGAAUCUAAACCUCAAUAUCCAACUAGACACGAAACAAGAGAAGAAUUUUUACAAGAAAUACGAAAAGCUCAUAAAAAUGAAAAUUUUAUGACCGUUCAACGUUUUUAUAUGAGAUUGUUUGAUUCAUUUAGCGAGAUUUGUGCACUUUUUAAGAUCAAUCCAAAUCAAUCAGGAGCUAAACUAGAUGACCCUGAUAUUCAUUUAGAGUUUGUCUAUGCUAUAAAUGAUGCUCUCAAAGAUUUGUCUAGUGGAAUUCACAAAACCGUUUUAAAGUCAAUAAUAAAUGCAUUACUAGAGAAUAAUAAAAAUCUUUAUGAGAAAGAUGAAGUCAGAGCUUUGUUUGUAUUACUACAAUGUCCAGUUUUUGGAACUCAGUCAAGUGCUCCAAUAUUUGCACAUUUAUUAAACUAUAUUGCUCAAUUAAACAAAGAUGAUCACCAACUAUUAGUACAUUGGUUCAGGAUAUUGGAACUGGAUAAAUUAAGGUCAUUAAUAAGAUAUAUUAUGCAAUUUAUAACUUUACGGCAAUUUUCUCCAAAUGACAAAUCUUUACCACCUUUAGGAAAGACACUUUGGUGGAUACCAUCAGCCACGAAAAUUCUAGCAUUAAUAAAUGCAGCAAACAAAUUAGGAACCGAACUAUUACAUUUUACUGAACUAUAUAACUCUGCUUUGGAUCACAUUGAUUUAAUGCGUGAUUAUUACAAUUGGCAAAGUUUUAGACCGUAUGAAUGUUUUUCUUAUUGCCAAUAUCCAUUUAUUCUGAGCAUUGUUGCAAAGAGAAUCAUACUUACUAAAGAUUCAGAACAGCAAAUGAUUCUCAAUGCUAGAAAGUCAUUGGUAUCUAAAGUUGCAAGAAGACAGACACCUAAUAUCGAUAUAUUCUUUUUAAAUAUAAACAUCAGAAGAUCACAUUUGGUACAGGAUUCAUUAAAUGAGAUUGCUUUCAAACAAAAAGAUUUAAAGAAAAAGUUAAAAGUGACAUUCGCUGGGGAACCAGGAUUGGACAUGGGUGGUCUGACUAAGGAAUGGUUUUUACUUCUUAUCCGUGAGAUAUUUCAUGCCGAUUAUGGGAUGUUUGUGUAUUAUUCACACUCCCGAUGCUACUGGUUUUGCACCGGGCAGACGGACCACACGAACCUCCGCGAAUACAACCUAAUCGGCGUACUGAUGGGACUAGCAGUGUAUAAUUCCAUUAUACUGGACUUGAGUUUUCCAGGAAUUUGUUACAGAAAACUUUUAUCGCCACCAGUCGUACCCACAGUCAACGAUGAUAGCGUGGGCGUUGUCGAAAACCCCACGUUAGACGACUUGAACGAGAUCAUGCCAGAUGUAGCCAGUGGCUUACGACAUCUUCUUGAAUACGAAGGAAACGUUCAAGAAGAUAUGGGACUUACAUUUCAGGUAUCAUUAGAGGAACAUAAGACACCUAAGACCCACAAACUAAAACCAAAUGGAGAAAAUAUACCAGUUACGAAUGAAAGUCGUGAAGAGUAUGUAAACUUAUACCUGAACUGGAUACUGAAUUUAUCCAUUUACGAACAGUUCCGGGCAUUUUACUUUGGAUUUCACAGCGUAUGCGCUUCAAAUGCUUUAAUUAUGCUGAGACCAGAAGAAGUCGAAUUGUUAGUCUGUGGCACGGAUGCAUUAGAUUUGAACGAACUACGCAAAGCCACCGAAUACGAUGGAUAUAAACCGGACGACAGUAUUAUUUGCGGCUUUUGGAAUGUUAUCGAAUCGUUAUCGAACGAUCAAAAGCGGAAAUUCUUACUGUUCGUCACUGGAAGCGAUCGUGUGCCAGUUGGUGGCAUGGGAGACAUGAAUUUCAAAAUAACUAGAGGUCCUAAUAGAUCUGAUUACUUGCCCGAAGCGCAUACAUGUUUUAAUCAGUUAGUAUUACCGCAAUAUUCAGAUCACAAUCGACUUAAAGAGAAACUAGUGACUGCCAUACUAAACGCUGAAGGAUUUGGAAUGGAAUAAUAAUGUAUAGUAUAGGUACUUAUUGUCAAUUAGUUACAAAUAUCUAUAUCUAUGUAUAAGCAUAGUAAGUACAGGAAUAUAGGAUGAUUUACCAAGCCAGUUCACUCUCUUUUUUCUCAAUAGAUAUUGCAGUUAUUUAAAAUUCGAUUUUAAGACUUUUUAAAUAAGUGUAGGUACAUUAUUUUCAUCGAUUUGUUGUAAUAGGCAUACAAGUGUCUAUAGAUAUAAAUGUCUAAUAAGGAGUGUCUCGUAGAGAUAUAAACUUCUAUACAUUUCGAAUAAGAAACCCCUUUUAGGGACGUUGCGUUCGUAACCAAGAGAGGGGUCCGGGUCUGAACCCCCAUUGAUUGACAGAAUUUAAAAUUCAAAUUUAAAGUUAAAAAACCUUACUUUUUACAUGUUAAAGUGUCCCCUCUUUAAACAAUUCCUGGGUACCUCUUGUGUGGGUCUUUCGUUCAAUAAAUUAUUUAAGGGGAUAAUUUUUCUGAAAAUGUUAUAUCGAUAUCAAAAUUUAAAAAAAUAUUGUUUGAGUUAUUUUACUUUUAGUACCUACCAAAGAUAAUAUAAGUUCAUUUAGGUUCACGGUUUCAGAAGGUUUUAAUCUAUAAACAUGUAUAAUUUAUAAAAAUAGAAAAUGGAAUAAAUAUAAUAAAUACAAGAUCCAAUAUAAAUAAUAUCUAUUUUGUAUUUUUAUAAAACCAUUUGUUCUAUAAUUCUUAGUAAUCUUAGUAUAUAAAUAGUGAACAAAGAUAAGAUAUAGUACAAAUAUUUUGAUAACUGAGAAACGGCUCAUUCGAGUUUUGUACUAGGUAGGUACCUAUAUAUCAAAAUUUAUUAUUUACUGAGUAAGUAAAAAAGUAAAAAAUGUUCAUUUUAAAAUCAUAUAAGUGUAUAUUGCUAAAGGAUAACCUUUGGUACGAAAAAUGAAAAUAUCAAUAAUUUGAAAAUAGGUAAAAAAUAAAAUAGUCUUAUAGUGAAAUUAAAAAUUUUAAAAAUCAGAAUUUGAACAAAUCUAUUAUUAAAGGAAAAAUGGGAUUGAUCAUGCUUGGUGAAUCACUGAAUAUUUUAGUAUAUUAUACUUAAAAAAAACAAAGUUUUAAUUAUUUGUUUUCAAUUUCAACUACGAUAUAGUUGAUAAGUAUUAGGUAUCGAUAAAGUUAAUAAUAUACCUAUAGGUACUAUACUUAUGUAUUUUUCCAUUAAGUUCUUCACCAUACAAAAUAUAUGUACCUGUACGCUAUUGAGUGGUAGGCCAGCUUAUAAAUAUAUUAUAAUAUAUAUUAUUAUUGUAUCUUAAUGCAAAUACAUUUAUGUGCUUAUUAAUUAUUUCAUUAGUUCAAUCAACAAAUAUCGUAAAUCUCUAUACUUUACAUUUUACAACUGAAAUAAAACAUUCGAACAUUAUUCUUUGAAUUGUAAACAAUGAACGUUUGUCGUUCGGUAUUUUAUUUAUUAAACAUUCAACUGUUUAUAAAGA